AUGUGUUACAAAUGUGUGAAGGAUAAGACUUUAGACCGAGGUACGUUUUGUUCGGACACUUGUUGCCUUCUGUCGAAUUUCGCUCAGUGUAGCGAAUGCGGAUCGACCUCAGCCCUCGAAAUCCAGACCGAUAAGCCCGUGACCGUCCAGGGAGACACCGAAGUUCUCACGCGAAAUCAUUUGUGCCGGUGUGGGCACGUGAUUGGUGAGCACACCUCGGAAUUUUGGGUGGAAUCGGGCCAUCAAGAAUAUCGUAUGGACUGCCAUUUGUGCGGAUUUGGGGAGGAUAGCAUUUCGAUAGUGCCCAAGUAG